UUAUAUUAUUAUUUUAUUUCUCUUUUUUAUACUUCGAGUAAAGUACAGUUCAUUUUGCAUCUUAGUGUUUUUCAUAAUAUUUUCAGCCGACCAGGAUUUAUAUUUCAAGUAAUUUCCUAUGAAGGACCAUUCCGACCAUUAAAUACAUAAAUAAAAAUUAAAUAAUGUAAACAUCGGUUUACAAAAUGUACAACUUAUUUUUAUCCUCUCAAUUUAUUUUAUAAUAAUUUAAGCAUUUCUUUUCUUCAUAUUUACUAAAUAAACUAUAUAAAACUAUAUAAAGUAUGUUUAUUAUGUAAAAUGUUAAUUGGUCGUGGCAGAUCGUUAGACACAGGAUGUGAUAAAUGUGAUGGGAUGUGACAGGUGUGCCGUCUGACUCUGCAGGCCUAAACACAACUACACUGGCGGAGACUCACUGAACUUUAAGACCACAACAACAUGGCUAAAAUCAACUUUUAUGUCAUUUGGUCCUUGCGCGAAGCACCUCGGCAAUUUAUACGACAUGUGAACCGCAUGAUGUACCAGGUUCAGAUGCCGUUGCCUUUACCGAAGCACCUGAUACUGUUCGCUAUAGGCGACUGGUCAAACUUCUCCAGUGAUACUGAUAUAUCUGUGGAGGUUCAGUUGGGUCCUGAGGUCAAAUCACAGAUCAUCGGGUCUCUGUCACCUAAUUCUAGGUGUCUAAUUUGGCAAGGAGUGUGGACUCCUGAACUUCUUGCUGAAGCCACACACAGAGGAAGAAGAGGAGUUUAUGCCAAAUUAGUGCUUAGCAUUAAUGGACAGGUGAGAGCCAGUUUUGUCAGCAGCACUCCACGGGUGACAAGAAAACAGCUUUUGCUGAACCACUCGUCCAAUCCAUCCAGCACUCUUCUUAGCAGCGGAGAGAGUCAUGAUAUUACUCAAAGAUCACCUCCUGAGGGAAGCGUCAGCUGUAUGGAGAUGGAAAAAAGCAAAGUGGAUAUGCAGGAUAGCACACUGUCCAACAUUCACGGUGUGUGGCCAUUGGAUAAAACUCCGAGACGCACGGUUAUAGGGAUAAAGGAAUGCAUUUGGAGUUCUGAAGAACUUGGAAGCAUUCAGGAUCCAAGGCGAAUUUCGAGCCCCAAAAAGCGCAAGCUGUGUAAAAUGCCUGCAGUAGAUUUUGAGGAGGAAACUGCCAUCAAACGUGUGAAGAGUUACAGGGCUGAUUGUCCAUCAAAACGAUGGAGACAUGCAAUGUGUUUGAGUGAUCCUGACACAGCAAUUCUGAUUGGUGGAGGGACUGAUGACGAGGCCAGUUGUAAAGACUCUCUAUGGAAAUUAGAGAUUGAUAGUGAUUUUUGGUUUCCCAUGGAUACCUCAACAUCUGGGGUCAGUCCACCUAGCUCUCGAGGACACUCUGCAACCUUUGAUCCGGAAUCCAAAGUUGUCUAUGUGUAUGGAGGUUUGAGAGACGGCCAGCGCUACAGUGAUGUAUAUGUCCUGGACACCAUAACAUGGAAAUGGAAGCUUGUUCAUGCGAAAGGAAAUAUACCAUCUCUGGCAUAUCACAGUGCCAAUGUUUAUAAGAGUGAGCUGUACGUAUUUGGAGGGGUGCAACCCAGCAAAUGUCCUGAAGGGAGGAAUUGCAGUAAUGCAUUAUAUAUCUUUAACCCUGAACACGGUCUGUGGUAUCAACCCAUUGUGGAGGGUGAUCGUCCUUUACCAAGGUUUGGGCACUCCACCACGCUGCUGUCUAACAAACUGAUCAUUUUUGGUGGGGGAAAUACUGCAGCUUACCUUAAUGAUCUUCAUAUUCUGGAUCUUGGUUUCAUGGAAUAUACUGCAGUCAAGUACGAAAACCUGCCACCACUGGCCCGUGGGUUUCAUGCUGCUCUGCCCGUGUCUGACAACAGGGUGCUGAUCAGCGGAGGCUGCGGUACUAUAGGGGUCUUACAGGACCUUCAUCUCUUUAACAUAGACACUAACACAUGGACAUCAGUGGUGUCCCCUUGGCUGUGCUCAAAGCCUCGAGCAGGACAUAGUCUUAUCAGCCUGGAAUGUACAAAGGGUUUAUCUUUAGACCAGAAGAACGUAAGGAACCGCCGUCAUAUCAGUCCGUCCCAUCAGUGCACCAUUCUAUUAUUUGGAGGAUCAGACUGUUCUGGGACAUUUUACAAUGACACUGUCAAAUGCACGUUUGAACUCCCUAUUUAGGGUCAGAAACA